UCUUCCUCUCCUGGGCCGGCCAUUCUUCCUCUCUGGGGCUGACUUCUGAGCAGCAAGAGAUAAGAGCUCUCCAGCUAGCCAGCUCCAGCCACCACAUCCACCAGCACCCAGCACCAUGAAGGACGAUGUGGCUCUUCUGGCCACGAUCACUCUUUUGGGAGUCCUGUUGCAAGCCUACUUCUCCCUGCAGGUGAUCUCGGCGCGCAGGGCCUUCCGGGUGUCGCCACCGCUCACCACAGGCCCACUUGAGUUCCAGCGCGUCUACCGAGCCCAGGUGAACUGCAGCGAGUACUUCCCGUUGUUCCUCGCCACGCUCUGGGUCGCCGGCAUCUUUUUUCACGAAGGGGCGGCGGCCCUGUGCGGCCUGGUCUACCUGUUCGCGCGCCUCCGCUACUUCCAGGGCUACGCGCGCUCGGCGCAGCUCAGGCUGGGACCGCUGUACGCGAGCGCGCGCGCGCUCUGGCUGCUGAUGGCGCUGGCGGGGCUCGGCCUGCUAGUCCACUUCCUCCCCGCCUCGCUCCUGCGACAGCUUCGGACGCUGCUGCCGAUGGCCUGAGUAGAAGGCCGCCGAGUCGGUGGAGCUGGGGAAGAAGAGCUGCAACCUCCAGGAGCACCGGGAGGGCGGCUCGCUUCCGCAUCCUGGUCUCUAAAUAAAGUU